CCCCGGCAAAGGAAGUUUUUGAGGAGGAGGGGUCAAGGGCGGGUAGGUGGAAGCACCCACGCAUCUGGGGCUGACUCGCUCUUUCGCAAACUCUCUGGGAGGAGCCCCGGGGGCACAAAACUGUCUCCUUCCCCGGGCCAGACUGAGAGGUGCAGGGAGCCACACGGACGGGAUCUGCUGCCAGACAUGGGCCGCCCGAGGCUGCUGCCGCUGCUGCUGCUCUUGGUUCAGACCUGCGUUCCGGCCUCCUGGAGCCUGCAGUGCCUGCUGUGUGGGAGGACCGGGAAGUGCCAGGUGGAAGAGUGUGCCCGUGGCCAGGACCUCUGCAGGACCACGACCUUGCGCAUAUGGGAAGGAGGUGAAGAGCUGGAGGUGGUGGAGAGAGGCUGUGCCCACCCCGAGAAGAGCAACAGGACCAUGAGCUAUCGGACAGGCACGCAGAUCAUCACUCUUACAGAGGCCCUUUGUGCUACCAACUUGUGCAACCAACCCAGCCCUGGUCGGACUUCCACCUUUCCCCGAACCCGAAACCGUUACCUCGAAUGUGUUUCCUGCGCCUCCUCAGAUCUGAGCUGUGAGAGGGGCUGGGAUCAGAGCCUACAGUGCCGCAGCCCUACAGAACAGUGUGUGGAAGUGGUGACCCACCGGAGCCUGGAAGGCAGUCCAAGGGAUGAGCACCACACCCGUGGCUGUGGCAACCUUCCGGGCUGCCCGGGCCCCACCGGCUUUCACAACCACCACACCUUCCACUUCCUGCAGUGCUGCAACACCACCAAAUGCAACGGGGGCUCAGUCGUGGAGCUUCAAAACCUGCCUCUGAAUGGCCUCCAGUGUUACAGCUGUGAGGGAAACAGCACCCAUGGAUGUUCGGCGGACGAGUCUUCCCUGACCGCCUGCCAAGGCCCCAUGAAUCAAUGUCUGGAAGCCACGGGCACUAAUGGGCUGGGCAACCCGAUCUACACAGUACGAGGCUGUGCGACCCCCUCAUGGUGCCAGAGUCUCCAUGUGGCUGAAGCCUUCAGCCUGACCCAUCUCAACGUCUCCUGCUGUACUGGAACCGGUUGUAACAGUGCUCCCCGGCUUGGUCCUGCCCACCUCAGCCUCACCACCACCCUGCUUAUAACCGCCAGACUAUGGGGAGGCACUCUUCUCUGGACCUGACCCCCUCAUACACUCCCCCUACCCUGGCUGGAUCCAGGGGAGCCCUUUGCCCUCCCCUUAGCUCCCAGCCCUUCAGAAUUGCUGUGUUACCUCAGGCCAGUGUACUGUUCUCUCUGGGUCUCAAUUUUCCCAGCUGUCUCACAGAGUUGGAGAACCAGAGGAGAAAAGCUGGAGAAAGACUGCAGGCCAGCAGGAGAGGUCUCGUUAUGUUAGCGUUUUUGUACCAUUGUUGUUAUUAUUAAUUAAUAUUUGUUUUAUUUAAUAUUUUAUACUUAAAUAAAGAUUUUUGUACCAGUGAA